AUGAGCAAUCUAUCCUUACCGUUUGCACCACUACUCUCACCCACCAAAGCUCGCCGAGACGCUGCGGAAGCCAGAGACUGGGCCUACGUCUCCUCCUGGCUAGCAAAGAAAUAUUCUCCUCAUCCUGUUCCUAAGUUCGAACGUAACGGCGAAACAUUGCGUACAUUGCUUGAGCUAGCAGCAGUGAACGAGGCUGCGGACCGGGAAGCCGACUUGGUACAUAAGGCUGAAGAGGAAGAGUUGAGGACGUAUGAGAAUAUCUUUCAGACGCGUGAAGGACCCCAUCGAGAUGUUGUAGAAGCGUUAGAAGGCGGCUUAGAUGAGCGUGGGAGCAAGGCUCUGCAUGAUCUGGCUGAAGCAAGUGUCAUCUUGGGAACACUGUCCACAGACCCAGUGAUGAUGGGCAAGAGAAUCAUGGAGCUGUCACAUGAGAAAUUCGAGAUGAACGAACAGCUGAGAAGGGUCAAUGACCUUCAGAGCCAAUUGGUCCGAGAAAUGGAAAGCAUGAGGUUGGACUUGGAGAACAUAGAGUCGCAGGUAGAUGAGGUUGCGCAGGAGGACAUGGAGCAGCGGACGGCUCAGUUGAAUCGAGAAACUAAGCAAUUCUCAACCAAGCUGGAACAGUACAUUGAACGAAUUGCUUCGUUGGAGAAGUUCGCAAUUGUAAGUCCCAGCAUAGCCGAAGUGAGAGAGCAAGAACAGAGGGUGAAGAAGGGACAGGCAAGAGUCAAAGCACUAGACAGGAAAAUUGCGGAGUUUCACGGUCUGCCACCAGACUUGGAGAUCGCAAAGAUGGAAUAUAAACGAGCUCAAGGUGAAUUGCAAGGACUGACGCGUCGGAGGGAUGAAUUAUUUGAGGGAAUGGUGGAGAGCUGA